UUAAAUAUUAGCAUGGACAUCACAGAACUAGAAAAUGAACAGUUGGAGGAUAAAAACAUCCAAUCAUCUAUAACUCCUCAGAUCCUCAAAGAUGAUAAUACUGGAGAAAAUGAAGAAACUAAGGAAAUUGUCGUUUUAGAAACAGAGGAAACAAAACCACAGGUGACAAAAAAUGCUUUUCCUCCACAAGGAAGAUUGAAUAAGUGUAUUACAAAUGGAACUUUACUUGUUGUGAUAUGGUUUGCAAUCUCAUCAAUCUCAAGCCCUGACCAUUACCCUGAUAAAAAUUCAUUUCAACUAUUAUUUGUCUUUUGUUGUUCCGUAAUUGGGGGGAAACUUUUGGAAGUCAUUAGAAUACCUUCAGUGCCUCCACUUCCACCUCUUUUUGGGAUGUUAUUGGCUGGUUUUGCCAUUAGGAAUACUCCAUAUAUCAGUGAGCGCAUCCAUGUUAGUAAGGAGUGGUCUUCAACUUUAAGAAAUAUUGCCCUUACCCUUAUCCUAAUAAAAGCUGGACUUGGACUCGAUCUACAGGCUUUGAAGCGUUUGACGACAGUUUGCAUAAGGUUGUCCAUGGGGCCAUGCCUCAUGGAGGCAUUUUCAACUGCUGUUAUUUCCCACUUCCUUUUGAAUUUUCCCUGGCAAUGGGGAUUUCUUUUAGGUUUUGUAGUAGGUGCUGUCUCUCCUGCUGUUGUUGUCCCUUCCAUGCUACAAUUGCAAGAAGACGGAUAUGGUGUUGAGAAAGGCAUUCCAACCUUACUAAUGGCUGCUAGCAGUGUGGAUGACAUCUUGGCUAUCACUGGAUUCAGUAUAUUCAUGAGCAUGGUCUUCUCUACAGGUGGCAUACUUCAUGAUCUCUUAAAUUCUUUUCGGGAUGUAAUUUUGGGUGUGCUACUAGGAACAUUUUGGGGAAUUUGUCUUCGAUAUUUUCCAAGUGAAGAUCAGACAAAUCUUACAAUGAAGAGAGCAGGCCUUAUUUUGGGUUCAUGUGUAACUGCCGUCUUAGUCAGCAAUAGCAUCGGUGCACAUGGAGCUGGAGGAUUAUUCACAAUAACGUUGACUUUCAUUGGAGGAGCACAUUGGACCACAGAUAGGAGUGAAGUUCAAAAAAUUAUUACAUUUGCAUGGGAUAUUUUUAAACCCCUUCUUUUUGCUUUGGUUGGAUUGGAAGUAUCUGUUGAAGCUCUUAAAUCAGAUGCUAUUGGUAUUUCUAUUGCUUGUAUGAGUUUGGCCUUAUUGGUUCGAAUUUCUGCUACAUUUUUCUUGGUGACUUUUGCUGGUUUUAAUUUUAAGGAGAAAAUAUUUAUUGCUCUGUCAUGGAUACCCAAAGCUACAGUCCAGGCUGUGUUAGGUCCUCUGGCUCUAGAAACUGCAAGAAUCAGCUCACCCCACUUGGAACCAUAUGCGAAGGAUGUGAUGACAAUAGCAUUUUUAGCCAUCUUGAUCACAGCUCCAAAUGGAGCUCUGCUUAUUAACAUACUGGGGCCCAGAUUACUUGCACGCUGUAGUCCAAACGAAACAAAACAAGAAUUAUCAUAAUGAGCACUUCAUUAAAAGUUCAUUUGUCAUCA